AUGUCCGCUUCUGCUUCAAAAACAAAAAGCAAAGCCAAACCCAUGCGGUCAGCCGUAGGAGCUCCUUCCCAGCAUAAUCAGUCGAGCCGCAAGGGCAAACGAGCAUGGCGCAAAAACGUUAAUAUUGAAGACGUCGAAGAGGCCUUGGAAGGAAUGAGGGAAGAAGAGAGGGUGGUAGGUAAACCUUUGCAGAAAACCACCGAUAACAGUCUUUUCUUCGUUGACGUCGCCGGCGAUGAUCAAGUCCGGAAAUCCAUACCAAAGUCACUCGCAUCGCAAACUACUGCAGCAAAGAUUCUUGCCCAGCGAUCGGCAGUGCCGGCGGUGUUUUCACGGACGACAUCUUACGGGAAGAGAAAGGCAGCGGUGACGAGGGAGGAGAAGGAACGGAUGUUGCGUAUUGCGAAGCGUCCAAGACAAGGCCCUUUCAAUAGCAUUGUCGACCCUACAGAAUUCGGUGCAGGGAGUGCUGUCAUUGGGUUAACAGAAGCGGUGAAAAACAGUGGCCAAUUCGACCCGUGGGCUGCAGACGCAGAGGAGAAAGUAGAAGUGCCAGAGGGAACAGAGUGUCUCCAGAAAAAGCCCGUGAAGGCGCCAACGCAUUCACAGCCCCGAAAGAUCAUCGAGGUCCCGGCAGUGGUCGAGCCCCACCUUGGGACAUCCUAUAACCCUCCAGCCGAUGCACAUCGCGAGCUCCUUCUCAAAGCUCACGGGAUCGAGGAGAAGAGGAUCGCCGAGGCUGAAAAGCUGGCAGAGGUGAAACACCGGAUGGAGAACGCACGUGUGGGUGAGGAUGAUGGUAAUAGCGGCGUACCCGGAAUGAAGGUCGAUAUCGCCACUACGGUUGAUGAGGAGGAGGAGCCCUCAGAAACUUUCAGUAAACCAGCCCCAGAGAGGAAGACGAAACAACAGCGGAGAAAGGCUGCCAAGGUACUGGCGGAGAAACGUGCGCUGGCACAGAGAGCUGCUAAUAAACGUAUACUGGCCACGGUUGACAGAGUCAAAGCUUUAAGCAAAGAAGCGAAGAUAAAUAGCGCCAAGCGCGACGCAGAGCGUCAACAGCGUUGGCUUUUGGCCGAAACCAAGCUGAAGAAAGGGCUGUCGGGGCAAAAGCUUGGGAAGCACAAGGUGGCAGAGGGUGAAGUAGACGUGCAGCUGGGAGAAGACCUAAGCGAAAGUUUAAGAGCGCUCAAACCUGAAGGUAAUCUGUUCAGGGAUCGGUUCCUCAGUUUGCAACACCGAGGAAGGAUUGAACCUCGCGCGCUCGUAGUACCUAGGAAACGGAGAACACGGACAGUGGAAUACGAGAAACACGCGUGGAAGAAGUUCGAUAGGCAGCAAUGA